CUUUUUCUCUCACAUGACUGAAAUGCGUGCAUUAUAUGGUGCGGUGUCGUACGGGUGAAAAUAGCUCGCGUACAUAUGUACACACACAUUUCGCACGAGGACCCAUCGCACCGGAUGAGAGUAUCGGACGGCAGCGAUUUUCAAUCAUGAGGGCCGUCGUCCGCGGUCGCUGUCGCGCUCUCGCGUGAUACAAGAAAAGUGCUCCGCUCUCCGCGUUUGACGUAUGAGAAGAUGGUGACUGACCGAUAGCGCGCGAGGCCUUUGAUGAUAACGCAAAUCCCGAAUAUUUCCACUUGCUGCCGCGGCCGCGCAGCAAAGAUAAGAGAUCCGCAAUCGUGCGAGGAAUGGGCGGCGGGUCGUCGUCGAGGGUAUCGUGAGCGUCGCUCCGAGGCACCGAUUAUACGAUAUCGCAAGAGAGUGAUUCAGUGAGAAAAUUAUGACCUCUUCAAAGUAAUUUGAAUCGCAAUAAAUUUCUUACAAUGUCUCAUUGCGAGGAAGAUGCGGCGUCCCCUGGUUUUCACCAAUUAAGCAUCACAAUUGAAGGAGCGAUACUGAGGAGUUCAACCUUUUUGAAGCCUAAUCCAUACAUAGAGUUCUCAGUUGAUGAUAAAAGUCCUCGUAAAACUGAAGUGUCAAAGUCCACAUAUCAGCCAAAAUGGAACGAGGAAUUUACUAUACUCGUUACACCAUAUUCACAAUUGCAUUUUCGAUUACUUGACCAUAGUACAUUUCGCAAAGAUACAUUGAUAGGAGAAAAACGGAUAAACCUGUUUCAAGUGUUAUCGCAUUAUAAUGGGAAACUAGAAAAUUUAGAAUUGACGUUUGAUUUAAUGAGCGAGAGCAAGCACGAUUCUCAACUGUGUAAAGUCGGUGAAUUGAUUACGGUAUUCGAUGGACUUAGAAUUGAUACCACUAACGAGAUACCGGUGAAUGUUAAUGAACCAUCUUGCCAAAUACAAUCUGAUGGUGCCGCAAACGAUACACUUAAUAACCGAAGUAUUCUCAAUGGUGGAGUCCGUGCACGAAUGAGAUUACAUAGUUCGGAGAAUCUUGCACCGUCUAUAUAUCGUGGUUUGACAAAUAUUCACCUUAGUCCCAGUUACAAUGGUGGAAACAGUCAAGCAAACAGUAACAAAAAUGUUGGAUUUUCUACUACGAUCCCAAAUGCGGAUGGUACAUCGAGUAGCAACGUUGGUAAUAGCCCCAGCAGUAGCAGCCUUUCCACAAGUAUCUUGGUGAACGGCCACGCGAUUCCAAUGGCCGAUAAAUCUAUGAUGUCGCCAGGAAACCGGCAUCCCACGGACGUACGAACUUUCGCAGGCAGAUCGACCGUUAAAGAGCAACCGUCGGCGUCGGCUAAUUCAUCGGAGGGCCGAGUGUACACAUGGAGUAAUUACAGCAACGUGGAUCAAUCCGCGAUAGUUAAAUCGGAUUCACGUGGCCCACUGCGAUCAGAACAGUCUCCUUCAAUAAUACCUGGGCAACAGAUUUGCGCGGAUGUCCGUGGGAUUCCUCGGCAAGAUCAAUCUAUGCUUUCUAACAUGGACAGUUCCAGUGCUUCUCAAACAGAUGCGAGUGCAUCGUCACUCGUGGACGCAUGUGGCGGUGCUGGUGCACUACGGAUAGAACAACCGAUCGUCGCAGCUCAUCCAGAUGGCCGUGUAAUGACACGUUCGGAACAAUCGACGAAUGUUCUUUUAGCAGAUGAUCUGCACGAUUUGCGCGGAGCGAGACAAUCGGAUCAGUCUGCAAACAUUCGACGAACGAGUAUGUCAAAUGAGGAUCAACGCGCGAUGAGACAACAGUCAGAACAACCCACGAACAUUCGUGUGACCGAGGAUCUGACGCGGGGAAUGAGGCAACCCGAGCAGUCCAUGAGUGUUCGUGCGGGUGAGGAUUUGCGUGCGAUAAGACAGUCGGAGCAAUCUACGAAUGUUCGCCCGCAAGAAGAUUUGCGAGCUCCACGUGCGGAGCAAUCGAUGAAUGCGGCGCCGCUUGUGGAUCUACGUGUGGGACGCGAAACCGCAUCGCGUAGUCAACAAAACGCGAGUGCCCCACUGACAGAUAGUCGUGCUGUAGUUUUUCGAUCGGAACAAUCGGCAGUGAUCCCUCUCACUGAUGGACGAACAAUUCCUAUUGUGGAACAUAUGUCUCCUAUUGCGCCACCAGAUUCUCGUUCCAGUAUACCGCGAAUUCCGCAGACCGCACCUUCAUUGUCAAAUCAAUCCGUCGCUGCAGCCGUACCUGGGCAAUCUGUCACGCAACCAGGAUCCUCUGUAGUGCUCGCUGAAGAUAUCAGUCAUUCCGAAGAACCGCUACCGCCCGGUUGGGAAAUGAGAUACGAUUUAUAUGGGAGAAGAUACUAUGUCGAUCACAAUACUCGAAGCACAUCUUGGGAGAGACCACAGCCUUUGCCUCCUGGAUGGGAAGUUCGUCGAGAUCCAAGAGGUAGAAUUUAUUACGUUGAUCAUAAUACAAGAAGCACCACGUGGCAAAGGCCAAAUACGGAACGAUUGCAACAUUUCCAACAUUGGCAAGGUGAAAGACAAUAUGUCGUUCAACAAGGCAAUCAAAGAUUUCUUUAUCCUCAGGCUCACGGUAGUCAAGCUUCUGCCGGCCCAUCGACGUCUAUGGUUGAUGACGACGACGCUCUGGGACCAUUACCGGCUGGUUGGGAAAAACGGAAACAACCAGAAGGAAGAGUUUAUUAUGUAAAUCAUAAGAACCGUACUACGCAAUGGGAGGAUCCUCGAACGCAAGGUCAAGAAACUGGAAUGGACGAACCACCAUUGCCGGACGGCUGGGAAAUACGAUUAACAGAAGAUGGAGUUCGAUAUUUUGUGGAUCACAAUACUCGAACAACAACAUUUCAGGAUCCGAGACCUGGUGCGCCCAAAGGCCCGAAAGGCGUAUAUCGCGUUCCGAGAGCAUACGAAAGAUCAUUCCGAUGGAAACUGUCUCAAUUCCGAUUCUUGUGCCAGACUAAUGCGCUGCCUAAUCAUAUUAAGAUUAGUGUUAGUCGGCAGACAUUGUUUGAAGAUUCUUAUCAUCAAAUAAUGAACGCGGAAGCUUUUGCACUAAGACGGCGAUUAUAUAUAAUAUUUAAAGGAGAGGAAGGUCUGGAUUAUGGAGGUGUAUCUAGGGAAUGGUUUUUCUUAUUAAGCCAUGAAGUUUUAAAUCCGAUGUAUUGCCUAUUUGAGUAUGCCAAUAAAAGCAAUUACAGUUUACAAAUAAAUCCAGCAUCGUAUGUCAAUCCUGACCAUUUGCAGUAUUUCAAAUUUAUAGGAAGAUUUAUUGCAAUGGCUCUUUAUCAUGGCCGAUUUAUAUAUAGUGGAUUUACGAUGCCCUUUUAUAAGCGCAUGUUGAAUAAAAAAUUAGUAAUGAAGGAUAUAGAAUCCAUUGAUCCGGAAUUCUACAAAUCCCUCGUGUGGAUAAAAGAAAAUAACAUCGAUGAAUGUGGCCUAGAAUUAUAUUAUAGCGUGGAUUUUGAGAUUCUUGGUCAAGUGAUACAUCACGAGUUGAAGGAAGGUGGUGAUAAAGUUAGAGUAGGUGAAGACAAUAAGGAAGAAUAUAUCAGGUUGAUGACAGAGUGGAGGAUGACAAGGGGUAUAGAGGAACAAACAAAAGCAUUUUUAGAAGGCUUUAAUUCAGUCGUGCCACUUGAGUGGCUCAAAUAUUUCGAUGAACGUGAACUGGAGCUCAUGCUUUGUGGUAUGCAGGAGAUAGACGUUGAAGACUGGCAGCGCAAUACUAUUUAUAGACAUUACACUCGUAACAGUAAACAGAUCCUCUGGUUUUGGCAGUUUGUGACGAGAACAGAUAGUGAAAAAAGAGCUAGAUUGUUGCAGUUUGUAACUGGUACUUGUCGCGUACCGGUUGGUGGAUUUGCCGAACUGAUGGGGAGCAAUGGGCCGCAAAGAUUUUGUAUAGAGAAAUUCGGAAAAGACACCUGGCUACCAAGAUCACAUACCUGUUUCAAUAGACUAGAUUUGCCACCUUAUAAAAGCUACGACCAAUUAGUAGAGAAACUCAACUACGCAAUUGAAGAAACGGAAGGUUUUGGCCAAGAAUAAUUGCAAACAUAUUAAUUAAUGAUCAAUGUGGUAGGUACACUACAUUUCUGUACGAUUAGUGGAUGACAAAAACAAAAUUUAACGUGGUGUCAGAAACAGAUAUAAACGAUUCUAUGCUACAUUCGAAAUCUGUUUGAGGCAGCUAUAAUUAACAUUGUAAAAGUUGCAAAUAAUUGAAAAUGUGUAUAGAUAUAUUGUUCCAAAAAUUUGUAUGAAAUGUCG